GUAAAAUUAGCGAAACCCUUUGUUCACUUAAGAGUUAGUAGCUUUGGAUGAGCCCAUUUUAAAGCCCAUAAAAGCCCGUUAGCUUUUUUUGUUCUUAUAGUUUCGGUGUUUUUCUUCUAAUUGUGCAAAUCAUCUUCUCAAUUUGUUCUUCUUGUCUCGAUUCUUCACGCCUCAGCAUAUCCGAGUUUAGGGUCCGAUUGAUUUGGCGUGGAUGGCAUCGAAUCCUCACAGAGGCGGUGCGGCACCGUACAGAUCCAGAGAUGGGCUUAGCACAAGAAGUGGCGCUGGGUCAGAGGAAAUCCAGCUAAGGAUUGAUCCCAUGCACUCUGACCUCGACGACGAGAUCACUGGCCUCCAUGGUCAAGUCAGGCAAUUGAAAAAUAUUGCUCAAGAAAUUGGGUCAGAAGCCAAGUUUCAGAGGGACUUCUUAGAUGAGCUGCAAAUGACUUUGAUCAGAGCGCAAGCGGGGGUGAAAAACAACAUAAGGAAACUGAACUUGAGCAUCAUACAGAGUGGCAACAACCAUAUAAUGCACGUGGUUCUUUUUGCUCUGUUCUGCUUCUUUAUUCUCUACAUGUGGUCCAAGAUGUUCAAACGAUGAAAGACUGGUAUCUGGUGUUAACCUCACGAAAAAAAUAAUUGAUGCAAUGUUGGAAAGUUGUAGAAAUAUCUUUUAGUUACGGUACGACAUUCUUGUGUGGUUCUUCCCGUUCAGUGUUGUAUAGAGUGCUUUUUUUGAACAAUUCAUAACCGCAGGCAAGAUUGUGUUACAUAACCACCGGCUGAGAUACUUUUAGCCUUUUAUUUAAUUUCUUUGUUAGACCU